AUGGCCGCGACUCCACAGACCAACGCCAACUCAACAAGAGUAGCAUCAACAUGGACGCCACAGGACGAUGAGGUUCUUAUGUCCGCACGGCAAUCUGGAAUGAAUUGGCAGCCUAUCGCAACCAAACACUUCCCUUCUAAAACCGCCAACGCGUGCCGGAAACGGCAUGAAAGGCUUAUGGACCGUGGUAAAGCCGAUGAGUGGAACGGCGUCAAGCUGGAAACCUUGGCGAAGGAGUACAUGAACGUUCGCAAAGAGAUGUGGACCAUCCUUGCCGAGCGUCUAGGCGGAGAGAAGUGGACUAUGGUCGAGGCUAAGUGCAUGGAGAAAGGCCUCAAAAACCUCCAAGCGGCCAGCCGUUCCGCGCAAAGGAAAGAGCGAGGUAUUUAUGAUGAGGGAGACAGCGGCAUCGGUUGCUCAGACGCUGAGAACGAAAUAGAUGACGGCCUGGUUGGCAUGGCGUCAGCGUCAGCUUCAGCGUCAUCGUCCGCUGCUGCGCCGCCACCGUCGUAUCCGGUCCAGCAGCAGGUGUUGGGGUAUAUCCCACAGCAGCGGACGAGUGGGCCGAGCAUUCAGUCCAUGCUCUCACCAUCACCAACGGAGAAGCAGUAG